CCGGGACUUCCUUCCUCCACCGCAGGACAACAAAACAACCCGGCAGCAGGCACUGAGCUCUUGGCAGCUGCCCGGGUGAGACGCGCAGCGAUGGGCUCCGUGCUGAGCAGCGAUAGCGGCAAAUCGCCGCCCGCCUCGGCCACCCCGCGGGCCCUGGAGCGUAGAGGGGCCCCAGAGCUGCCCGUCACGUCCUUCGACUGCUCCGUGUGCCUCGAGGUGUUGCACCAGCCUGUCCGGACCCGCUGUGGCCACGUAUUCUGCCGUUCCUGUAUUGCUACCAGCCUGAAGAACAAUAAGUGGACCUGUCCUUACUGCCGGGCAUAUCUUCCUUCAGAAGGAGUUCCAGCAACCGACGUAGCCAAAAGAAUGAAAUCAGAAUAUCAGAACUGCACCGAGUGUGACACCCUGGUUUGCCUCAGCGAAAUGAGGGCACACAUAAGAACUUGUCAGAAGUACAUAGAUAAAUAUGGACCACUACAAGAACUUGGGGACACAGUAACAAGGUGUGUAUGUCCAUUUUGUCAGAAGGAAUUGGAUGAACACAGCUUGCUGGACCAUUGUAUUACUCAUCACAGAUCAGAAAGGAGACCUGUGUUCUGCCCACUUUGCCGUAUAAUGCCCAGUGAGAAUCCAAAUAGCUUCAAUGGCAGUUUAAUAAGACAUUUGCAAGUCAGUCACACGCUGUUUUAUCACGAUUUCAUAGAUUUUAAUAUAAUUGAGGAAGCUCUUAUUCGAAGGGUAUUAGACCGGUCGCUUCUGGAAUAUGUGAAUCACUCGAACACCACAUAAUGUUAUUAAAAGGAAAAGGAACCAAACCGUACAAUCAUACCACUUGUUAAGAUGCUGCUUGAACAGUUGGAGGGAAAUUGUCAAUGUUUGAUGGGAAAAAAUGUACAACAGUUGUAUGUUUGUCCAUAUUUGUUGUUGUUUGCAUUUUAAAACUGCUUUCAUUUUGAUGGUUUAAAUCUGUUUCCCAUUCCUAAGUUUCUUAGAUACUUAACAACAAAAAAUAGUCUCCAUAAGCCAUUCAUAUAUGAAAAAGAGCAUAAGGCUGGGAUUUGUGGGUGAAGGAUCUUUACUGGCCGAUUGGAUAACACUGUCUGUAAUGCUGUGUAUUAAUAAACACAUCAUGGUUGGGCAAGAUAACUAAUCUUUGUUCUAUGUAAAAAGAUGUAAAGUGAAAUGAAUUGUGGACAUCCGAGGAAAUAUGAAAUCUGCUUCAAUGCUCAUGUUCUAAUCACUAAUAGAAUAACAUGAAUAACGUUGUAUGGCAGGAAAGGAAAACUUUGGAUGUCAGUGAAGUCCAUUUAACCCAAUUGUAUAACAUAAUGUAACAAAAUUAACUUCAUGUUAGGAAUAUAUGCUUAGUUCUUUUACUUUUUAUAACUGCACAUGUAAGAAUUUAAUAUUAUAUUUUUCAAAUAUUUGUAGCUUAUUAUUUAGAAACAUUUCUAUAAUGUAGGCAAUUUCUUAAAGAAUCAUCAGCUGAUAUUUACAGUAGAAGUAUUCACUUCCAUAAUUUUUAGUGGAAAACCCAAAGGGCUUUGAUGUUAUUUUUUAUUUAACUCUUUAGGAAAAUUAUAAAAUAAAAGAUGAACACUGAAAACCAAACAGGAAAUGUAUAGGUCAUUACAUUACGAUAGGGAAACACUCUUCCGGAACUUCGCCAGCCUCCCCGGCUGCCCUCUGUGUCCUGUCACAGGUCCAGCCCUCUUCACCGACCCUGCAAAGGUAACCCCUGCGCUGAUUUCAGUAGCAAUCACGUCCUUGAAUGUCUUUAGUAUUCUGUUACCUGAGUGUGUAGCUCUACACACUAUUUUUUUUUAUCUUAUCUACUUAAAAUUGUUAUUAGAUACAUCCUUCAUACUCCUUUUUAAACUUAUGUAUUCCUUCUUCCUUCUUUUUCUUAGAAUUCACCUGUUGAAGAACCUCGUAUUGUGACUUACAGAGUUUCCCACAGUCUGUAUUAGUAUUACUGAUUGCAGACUCGUGGCACAAUUUAGCAUGUUCCUCUGUCCUCUGGGUACUCACACAGGGAUCCAGAGGUUUGAGACUUUGGCAAGACUAUAGGUCAUGAUGUGUCCUUUCAUCAGCGGGCACAUAGAUGUCUGAUUCUCUUUUUGCGACAUCCGCAAAAAUUGAUGCUCAGUGCUUAGACCCACUGAUUUAUUGUGGGUUGGAGAAUAUUCUGUCAUUUCUUUUUCAUUUAUUACUUAGAACAUUUUUGUAAAGAGAUGUUCCCCCACAUUGAUGACUUGGUUAACCAGUGGUAAUGUUCAUAUAGAAAAGGGAAAACAAAUAUUUGAAUUUUUCCCUUUAUUUGCUAGUUUUCAAGAUAAUAAACUUGUUUCCUAUCAUCUUCUAGUGAUCACUUUUUUCAAGUAUUGUGAACUAACUUAUGGAUUCAAACAUAUUUCAUAGACUUUAAUCCGUUUUAAAUAUUACCUUAUGAAAGCUCAAAUUGUCCCACCUUUGGCCACUGGUUUCCUCAUCAAGUUGUUUCUGAGUCCUUUUGACACUACUCUAGCAAUCUUGAAUAGCUCCCUUGCUGUCUCAUAUGACAAAAUAUUCCAGGCUCAACUUGUACGUUUCCUACCCCAGACCUGGAAUUGGCCAUUUUGCUAGGAAGUCUCGUCAUUUUCAGUGAGAAAUGGUAUUUCAAAACUAUAAUUGGAGCUGUUAUGCUCAUUGCAACUAGAUUUGCCAGUGUAAUGGAGAAAGCUAGGAAAUAUCUUUGUCUUUUAAAGAUAAAAUGUUUCAUGAGUUUAUUUUGAUACUUUCAAAUCAAAUUGAGUGCUACAGGGUUCUUUACCUAUCCUUUUUAUUUCAUCUGUAUCUCCAUUUUUCUAUAUUGACAUUCAUGGUUUUUAAGACAAAGGCCAUGGCAGAAGUAGAAUAUCCCACAGAUAUUCAUUUCUUUACCUACCUUACAUAUGUAUGUAACAGUCUCAAAAU